CACCGAAGCUUCGAUGUUGCAAAGUCGUAGCGGGACGGCGAUCCUCCCGAUCGGGUGGGGCCAGCUCGAGAUCCGAAAUACGGAGCUCGACCUCACUCCCCCGUAUCGUAAAACCUUAACGUCGUCCGCCCGCAACUGGAUCAAAGUUAACCAUGAUCAGUCCAGUUCGAGCACUACCAAUCCGCUCAAUUCUCUCCUACACGACCCGUUGCACACUCGCGAGACCAUUCCUCACACCAGUAUCCCCCGUAAGCUUCACGGCAAGUCGCAAGAUGGCAGGCAAGGCCCCAGAGAUGACUAUGGUGAUGAGUGACAAGGCGCCAGGUGCUGCCGCUCCCUACUCCCACGCCGUUAAAACUGCAUCCGCCAUCUACUGCUCGGGCCAGGUCCACAUGGACCCGGCGACCAGCAAGCUCGUGACGGACGCCACCAUCGGCGAGAAGACGGCCAUCUGCAUCAAGAAUCUGUCGGCCGUGCUCGAGUCGGCCGGCUCCUCCCUCCAGAACGUUGUCAAGGUCAACAUCUUCAUCGUCGACAUGCAGAACGACUUCGUCCCCAUGAACGAGGAGUACAAGAAGUGGUUCACCCACAGGCCCGCCCGUAGCUGUGUCGCUGUUGCUGCCCUGCCCUUGGGCGCUACCGUUGAGAUCGAGUGUGUUGCUCUUCCUGGCUCGGCUUAGGCUGGAAGACCGUUGAUGGGAAGGCUAGAUAGCAGAGAAUGUGAUAAGACACAAUACAGUUAAAUAUGCGAGAUCUCUCCUGUGACAGCUUCUGAACUUGUGACUCGGGAAGUGUCUGUGGGUUCGCGCACUCAACGUAGUGAGAGGCAGAUCCGCAAAAUCUCCCAUUUUCAACAGCAAGUAUUGUUACCAG